UGCCCGGGCCAUCCGGGGGCUGCAGGGAUCCAGGAGCCCCCCUGCAGCCUGGAAGAUGAUGAGGUUUUCCUGGGCACCGAGGCGAGGACCAGCGCCACCCAAGCGGAUCCCUUCCGCCACUGCAGUGUGGACGAGCUUUACCAACUGCUGGAGACGCUGGGCAGCGGGCACUUCGGGGUGGUCCGGCGUUGCCAGGAACGGAGCACCGGAGUUUUCUACGCGGCCAAAUCCGUCAAGGUGCGGAAGCGCAAAGGCAGCCGGCUGGGCCUGGAGCGCGAGCAGGUGGAGCGCGAGGUCCGCAUCCUGCAGCAGCUGCAGCACCCCAACAUUAUGCGCCUCUACGACGUCUUCGCCAACCAAGCCGAGAUGGUGCUGAUCCUGGAGCUCAUCCUGGGAGGCGAACUCUUCGACUUCAUUGCGGAGAAGGAGCUGCUGUCCGAGGACGAAGCCAUCGAGUUCCUGCAGCAGAUCCUCCUUGGCCUGGCCUACAUGCACGGCCUCCACAUCGCUCACUUUGACCUCAAGCCGGAGAACAUUAUGCUGCUGGAGAAGGGCGUCCCCAAAGCCAAGAUCAAGAUCAUCGAUUUUGGGCUGGCGCAGAAGCUGCAGGAAGGGGUGGCCUUCAAAAGCCUCUGCGGGACCCCCCAGUACAUCGCUCCUGAAGUGAUCAACUACGAGGCCCUGAGCACAGCCACAGACAUGUGGAGCAUUGGAGUGAUUACCUACAUCUUGCUUAGCGGCACGUCCCCAUUCCAGGGGGAGAAGGACGAGGAGACCCUCUGUAACGUGGUCUCCGGGAAUUACGAGUUCGAGGCCAGGUAUUUCAGCCAAACCUCCGAGAUGGCCAAGGACUUCAUCCAGAAACUCCUGCUGAAGGAGCCCAGGGACCGAAUGACAGCAGCUGAAUGUCUCCUUCAUCCCUGGAUCAAGCCCCUCACCCGGAAGCAGGCCGUGAACCGGAGCCGUUCUUCCAUCAACAUGAAAAACUUCCGCAAAUUCAACGCCCGCCGGAAGUGGAAGCUCUCCUACAACAUGGUCUCGGCCUGCAACCGUUUCUGCCGGCUGCAGCUCCUGUGCCAGCAGCAGAAGCCGGACGAGGAGGUGACGGCCCUGCGGGACUGCGAGAGUGACCAGGAGGACCAGCCCAGCAGCCCGGGGGUCUUACUCCGCAGGCGUCGAAGCAUCUGCUCCUGAGUUCCACCCUCCGUCCUUCUGCUCAGAGGCCAGCAUGAGAGCGUCCUCUCCUGUCACCGGGGAGACCCCCAGAAGGAGGCAGCGCUUGGCUCUUCUGCGUGGCCAGAAAGGGGGGCUCCGGCUGUUCAGUGCAGUGGGGGGGGGUCCUUCCAUAUUCCGCCUGGGGGAUCACCUGAGCCCCUCCUCCUCUGCAUUUUGGCCCCACACGACGCCCCCCACCAUAGCUGCCUAGAACAGCCUCCCUGGGGGCCCCCAAGAGGAACGGAGGCUCCCUUUUCAGAUGGGAGUUCCUGGGAGUCUCUGCUCUGCUUGACUCGGGUUUCUGUGGCUGUGGGAAAGGCCCCUUCUAAUGCAACUGGGAGGGGCCCCUUGCUGCUCCCCACCCCGGCCCCGGGCUCCCCCUGCCUCCUUUGGAGAACAGUCCUCAAACAUCUGACCAAGGACAGCCACGAGGAAGUGCCUGGCUGGUUGUAACUUUUUUUUUUAAUAAUAAAAUAUUUGUCAAAAGGGGAAA